AACGGUGUGCGUGUGUGUGCUGCGCAGCCCGACCCGCGCUGGGAGUUCCCGCGGAAGCAGCUGACGCUGGAGCAGCCGCUGGGCGAGGGGGAGUUCGGGCGAGUGCUGCGCGCGCGCGCCCUCAACAUUGCUGGCCACAGCGCGAGCUGGCCGACUGCUGUCGAUGUUCGCGCUGCUGCAGCAGGUGCGCCACCCCAACGUGGUGCGCUGCUGCGGCGCUGCUCGGCCGGGUGCGCCGCCGGCGAGCCCUUCCUGCUCAUCAUCGAGUUCGCCGAGCACGGCUCGCUGCGCAGCUACCUGCGGCGCAGCCGCCACGCCGAGUCGGACGGCGCGCUGCCCUGCUCCGAGCCCGACGCCCUCGCCCUCGCCCACGCGGCCGCGCCCCGCCCGCGCGCCGGCCCCGCCCCGCCGCGCCCCGCCGCCCGCCACGCCCCGCGACGUGCCGGGCUUCGCGUGGCAGAUCGCCAAGGCAUGGCUACCUCAGCGACAUCAAGGUGCGUGCUCGCUUGCUACCUGCUCUUACACACACACACACCACACACCACACGGGGCAUGGGCUACCUCAGCGUCAUCAAGCUUAUUCACAGAGAUCUCGCCGCAAGAAAUGUUCUAGUGGCUGAGGGAGGCAUUUGUAAAAUAUCUGACUUCGGUCUCACAAGAGACGUUUAUGAAGAUGACACGUACAUGAAACGGAUACCGGUUAAAUGGAUGUCUCUAGAGUCAUUAGCUGAUCAUAUGUACACUAGUAAGUCAGAUGUUUGGAGUUUUGGAGUUCUACUCUGGGAACUAGUAACUCUUGGCGCAUCUCCAUACCCAGGUGUUGCAGUUCACAACUUAUUCCACUUGUUGAAAGCUGGGUAUCGAAUGCAACGUCCUGAAAAUUGUUCUCCUGCACUAUACAGAUUAAUGCGAUUGUGUUGGCAUGAAAAUCCUGAUGAAAGACCAACAUUCAAAGAACUUAUGGCAAUUUUUGAGAAAAUGUUGGAAGAUGGAGUCGAUUAUUUGGAUCUCAAUCCUCGAACAGUUCACAACAUGACUUACUUCACUAGUCUUUCCAGUUCCAGAGACCUUUUAGGUGAGAUUUAUCAUUUCAUUGCUUUGCAAGGCAGUGUCACCAUUCCCUUCUUUACAGAGAUAGAGAGUUUGCACAAUUUUGCUAAUCAUCUCUUCUUAACCCUUCAAGAUGAUCCUGAUGGUCUCUAUGGGAAUUUCAAUAUCCUACCAAAUAAUUCUGUCAACAACUUAGCAGCCAUUCGCACUUCUCAAAAUGAAUCGAAUGUUUGCAUCACCCUAUCUGAUAGCCUGGGAGAAGAAGAAGAGAGGUUAUUACACUCGUCCAAUGAAACAACACCUGUCGAUACCAUUGACUUCCAGAAAUCUUUGAUUGGAGUUAAUUUAGAGAAGAGAGAAUCACCUCGACCUGGCAAUGCUUACCUGAGUCCAAUCCGACAAAUAAAUACUCAACAGCAAGAUUCUGCAGUUGCAGGGCCUUCUUCUGUAGCUUUAACUCAAAGAUACAUAAGUAUUUCUACUGGAGAAUCCAGAUCGUGGCAUCACUCACGUGACUCAAGUCCUGUGUCAUCUAAAGUCACUACAUUUUGAAACUAUGGCUUGCUUUAAUGUCAUCAUAUAUGCUUGACUCUGCAAUCAUAAAGUCUCUUUGUAACAUUGAUGACUUUUCCUCAAGAGAUUACUAUUAUCAUCAUUAUUAUGAUAUUCAUUCAAGGACUGGUUAAGUGCUUGUCAACGUAAUAAAUGAAUGAUCUUCAUUCAUAUUUAUUUCAGCUUAAUGCUGAAUUAUUUGCAUGAAUGGUGAUUUAUGUGCCCUAAGAAACUUGCUGUACCUGCUCCUGCUGUGAUGAAAGUGGAGAAAAUAUUUUUAGUGAUGACAAGUGAAAUGAAAGAUCUAGUAAACUGCAAUUGAGCGCUAAUUCCUCAAGACAUUUGUUCAGAGAAAUUUGUGUAUCCUUUCUGGAGGGAAAUCAUCUACAUUUCUUAAGAUUGGCUUGUGGUAGCUGCAAAAGAAAUUGAAUGAAUUCGUGACAUUGUGGAAAGUUAUAUCUGCAUUAUCAUUUCACAUUUCUCAAGCUCAAGAGUUGAGAUGGUGUUCUUGACAUAUCUUCAUAUGAUGUGCUAUUGAUUUUAUACAAAAAAAUAACAAGACAUGGGUUUUGCGAUCUUUGGAUACACCAAGGUUAUUUGAUUAUCAUUUGUUUCUGAUGACUAGAUCAAUUUCCCAGAAAUCAAUAGAGACAGUGAUCUGAAUUAGCAAAUCUGAAGUCUGAUCCAAAACCAAGAAACUAACGUCAUUUCUCAAGAUCUUCAAGAGUUAAAAGUUUUCAAACAGUUAAAGAAUCAUAAAUAAGAAAAUAAUUGAACAUCUCCUUAUUAACAUAUCAGAUUAUCAAAACAGCAGAAGGUGAAAACAACAUGAUUUCUAAACAAUUUUAUUGGAAGGGGCCCAAACAGAAAUGAAGAUUUUAAAUGGUUUAAGAAGACAGUGACCUGAAAGUGUGUUCAAGCCUAUGCAUGAUUGAAGUUAUUCUCCAAUUGUUGUCAACAGAUUUUAAAAUAUUCAUUGCUGACUGCCAAAGUUCAGAAGUGGAACUUCUUAAUAUUGAAGCAAUUUACUUUGUAUGCUCAUUGUAAUUGGUCUUCAGUGAAUGUAUUAAUAUUUACUAGCCUAAUCAUGUGACAUUAUCACACAAUGCUUGUGUAAAGCUUGUCAUUUUAUAUAGUUGUGAAACAUCAUCUUGAAACACUCCUUUAACAAAGUAUUUAAAAUUUCUAUCAUUGCUUGUACUGCAUUUAAAGGAUAUGAUGGCCCUAUAUUUCCUGCAAACAAGUUUUGAGAAAGAAGUUGCAAAAUAUGGUUAAUGAGAAACACCUUUUUUAAAUGAAAUGUAAUUCAGAAUUUAUUGAUAAACAGCCUCUAAUGGUGCUCAAAUCCUCUAAGUCUAUGGGAAUUUAAAAAAGAAAUCUCCAACGCCAUUUCAAUAAUAUCAGCAGUAAAAGAAAUGCUGGAAAGAAUUGAAAGUAAUUGGGGUUGACUUUUCACAAAGGUAUAUCCUGAUUAUCAUUAAUAAUUCAACAUUAUUUAAGCGUUAAAAAUAUAAUUUAUUAAUAUGUGUUUUAAUAUUAAUUUUAAACACACUGUAUUUUAUAAUUCACAGACACAAUUCAUCUAAAUAUUGUUUUGGAAAAGAUGAGACUUUUGUUCAUCAGUAAUAUUUAAAAGAGAUUAUGGUACAUCCGGAGUUUAGGGUGCCAGUUCAUUUGGUAGAUAUUUACAAUUAUUUUUAUUACAAUUAUUCUGAGGUAGGUAGGUUUCAUUUUGUCUGCAUUAAUGGUUUGUGAGUCCAGCUUCAGAAUAAAAGCAAACAAAGAAAAAAUUGAUCUUCUUUUUCUUCUUUAAAACUACAUUGUAAAACAUGAUGCUUUUCACAAACUGGACAUCACCAAUUAUACUUUUAGGCUAGAAUAAAUGUUUCUUGUCUUUGAUUAAUUUUGGUUGCAUUGUUCUUUUAUAAAACGUUCUUUUUGUUUUACAAUUUCUUUAAUGGACCUGUACAAAACAUUUUCUUUUCUUUCUAUUAGGUGAACAAUUGUGUCUUCCAGUAUUACAAUAAUUGUGGUUUCACAUGAAGUACUUAGUUUAUAUAAUGCUGCAAUUAACUUUUCAUUUCUAAAUGUUACACAUUAAUCCAUUUAUACACAAAUAUAAUGUUGUUUAUAAAAGACAAACUAAAUGUGAAUGGAAUUGUUCUGAAUAGUAACCUACACAUUUAUUUUGUUGAAUUUUCAGACAUGACAUUGGGCCUUUUAUUGCUUCAAAUUAGUAUAAUGAAAAUCUGAAAAUAAUACUGUUCAGUAUUGAGGAUAUUUUUGUGUAUGAAUUAUUAUUGAGAGUCCAAGACUGAAGUCUUUUACCUUCUUCAGAUGAUGUAAAUUUAGAUAGAUACUGAUACGAAACAAGAAUUUACAAAUCAUUUUUGUAACAACCAGUGGCUUCUUCUUUCCCUGGAAAAAUGUAAAUAAGCUUAGUUUUACUUUAUGUGAAUGGUUCUUAAAUUAAUCUUUACAUUCUCCUUGCUGGUGUUGGCUGAACUCUAUACCUCCUGCAAAUUAUGUAUCAAAUGAAAAACGUAACUUCAUGAUUUUAUCAAGUGUGGAUGCAUGUGUGAUUUUGUGUAUUUGUACACUUUCAUCUUCAUGAAUGAUUAUAAGUAUUAAAUGAAACAAAUAAAGCCUAAAUUUUUAGAAAUUAUUGAGAUAAAUAAUUAAACUUAAACCCAGGAAAGAUCAAUAUUCAGAAUUAUUUUAAAAAAUUAUUGAAACUAUUUGUUAAAAUAAAAUAGAAGUUCUAUGUGACCCUUGUAGUACUAUGGUAGAUGAUUUACCUACAAUAUUUCUGCUAUUUAUUUGUAUUCUGAUAGGAGAACCAAUUGCACCCUUUAAAACAAUAAUUUUCAUGAAAUCUUUUUUCUUGAACUGACUUUAGCCAAAAUCUGUGUUAGCUAAAUAAAAAUUGUAUAAGGAAAGAGAUUUCAGAGUAUAAAUGUCUUAACAUUUGGUAAUGGUAUUAUAGUUCAUAAGACUGAUUCACAACGUCCAGUUCUAAAAAUAUUAAUUUCCAUUUAUCUAGAAGUGCAGAAACCGAGAUGUGUAACUGUGACAAGUUAUUAUACUUAUUUAGUGAACCAUUGUCUAAUUUGAAAAAUAGCCUGAAUACUUUAAUACAAUUUUUGUUGUGACAAUACCAUAUUGGUUACUGUACAUGUUAAACAUUCCCAUAUACAAUAUAUAUUGUUAUCAUCCAGGAAUAUGGUCUAUAUUUCUUUGAUUAUGAAAGCUAUGAAAGAAUUGUAAAUAUGUUGAAUAUGUUGUAUAGAAAUUAGUGCAUUUGUUUUUGUAUUGCACAAAUGAAAUUCCAUUGCAAAAUAAAAAAUAAUGUUUACAUAUUCUUUUCAAUAAAAUGUAAUGUCAACUCUCUUUUUUGAUUUGUCAUUUCAAUUACCUUAAGAGCAGCCAAGGUGGAUAAUACACAAAAGAAAUAACUUUUUUUUAUCAGGUAAUUGCAGUAAUAUUUAAAAUAACUGAAGGUAAAUUUAAAAAAUGGAAAAUGGUUAAAUAUAGUAGUAUAGCUGUGCAAUAGCUUUGUAAUGCAAUAGACCAUAAAAAUAAAUUCAAGCUAAGAUACAGUAAUAGUUAAAUGGACAAUAGUACUCACUAGUAGUGAAAAUAAUUCAAUAUUUCACAAAUAUGUCAAUAACAAGAUAUGAGU